GGGAUGUGGGUGUUUCACCCUGGAUUUUGUCCUGACUGUUUCCUGGCGAAAAGCGAGCAACUUCUUGAGAUUUAACAGCCUUCAUUGAAGCGUCUAAGUUCAAAUGUUUGGUUCAGGCUGCCGAGUUAUUUAAAAGUUUUCAAAGUACCCCGUGUCUGUCUUGUCGAGUUUGCUAACGCUAGCUUAAGGAAGCAGCCCUUCUGUUUUGACAGCUACAUCAGAGUUUGACUAACUUCACGGUAAGAUUAAUGCGAUGGAGAGUUCGUUGGUAAAAGACAACCCACUGCUUUUACCUCUCAACAAGGAGAAAACUGUAUAUGACGGAUUCAUCACAGUCCAGGAACGAGACUUCAGAUUGAGGAUACUUCUCCCACCAGAUCGCCAACUUAAACGGGCCAGGCUGCACUGCUGUUGGCAGUUAAAACACCUGUUGCAUGGGUAUGAGCACAUAGUGAAGCAGAGGCUGCAGCAGUCGGCUGAUCUUGUCAGUUUCAUUCUGGAGCUGAAGACCGUCUUGGAAGUGGGUCUGAAGAGCCGCCCUGAAUGCCGCUCCAUCCCGCCUCCACAGUAUUACUCUCAGCUCAUCUCUGAGAUGGAGACCCUUGGGUGGGGCAAGCUGCUCUUCAUAGACACAGAGUUCCGAACGUUGAGACUGAAGGCAGAGGACUCCUCUGGAAGGCAGCACACUCUCACUGUUAAACUCAAGUCGAAGCACCCUGCAGAGGCUCCUGAAUGUUCAGCCGACCUGCCAGUCCCUCUGACCAUAACCUGGACACCACAGAGUACUCUGGAGCAGCUCCACAGCCAGUUUCUGCUGGUUUUGGAGUCCCUGACCGAGUUCUGGGACGUCCUGGAUGAGAUUGACAGUAAGACCUGGAUUCUGGAGCCAGAGAAACCCAGCCGGUCUGACACCAUGAGGCGGAUUGCUAUCGGAAACAACGUAUCCAUCAAAGUGGAGCUGGAUCCCAGACACCCUAAGAUGCUGCCAGAGUGCUGCCUGCUGGGAGCUGAGCACGUGGUGACUCCGCUGAGGAAUAAGCUGAACGCCAAUAUGCACUUGUGGAACCUGGACUCCAGCGUCUUGCACAACCUCCGGGAUGUUUUGGAGAUCGAAUUCCCGUCACCUGCCACCCACGAAAAAUCUAGCUUCAGCGUUGAGUGUGGGAUCUGUUACUCCUACCGUCUUGAAGCUGCGAUCCCUGAUCAGGUGUGUAAUGACCCUCGCUGUGGCCAACCCUUCCACCAGGCCUGUCUGUAUGAGUGGCUGCGAGCGCUCCCUUCCAGCAGGCAGAGCUUCAACAUUGUUUUUGGAGAGUGUCCUUACUGCAGCAAGCCUAUUACUGUGAAAAUGGCGGCCCAGAAGUCCUGAGAAGGACAUUGUGUUCCUGUCAGCACUGUCUCAACUUUGUGAAACAGCUUGGAAGAUAGUGCUGCAACUCAAGGGAUGCACCCCUCUAUCAGUCAAUGCAAUGGCUGAUACUGGCCACACAGACUGCCACCGACCUACAAGCAAAUAAAAUGACUUAAACCGAUGGCAGUGGCCAAAGUCUUACUGUUACGUCACAUGAAUUUUGCGCAGGCUAAAAAGCGGGGCUUGAGACUAACAUCGUCCUGAGUUUGAGAUGAACAGAGACUUUCCCUGGGACACCUUUGGGACCAAAGGACGCAAUAAACUCACUACUGAUGUGUCAUUGAAGCACCCUGUUUCCCUAAUAAUGCUAUAGUGCGUACAAUAAGUCCAUGUUUAAAUCAGCAGGAUGAGAGCUAGUUAACACUGUGAUGUGUUCAAGCUCUAUUCAGUAAAAAUGAACAUUAUUAUAAUGUGUUCAAAUGCAGUCUUGU